AAUGGCCAUCUAUUUGGGUCCUGAAGAAGGAGGGAUAGCCUAAAUCUCGUCGGAGUAUCGUCGCUGUUAUUGCGUUAUUAUCAUUUUGGCACGUGCAUUUGCCUGUUGAGUGAUACCCAGUUGCGUGUUAACCGUUUCCCCCGCAGCUCGUUCGUUGCGCUCGGCUGCAGAACGGUUAAUGGGCUGGCUGAACUUGGUGCCGCGUUUUAGGGUUAAAGCAGCCAAGCUAGCCACGCUAACGUUAGCUACUACCGCGGCUGCUGUGAGAGCCAACGUCUGGAAGGGCGUACGAGUUUAACGUUUUCUCCCCGAAGUCUCCACACGUUUCUGAGUUUAGUGCCGCGCGCUCGUCUUCUCUUUCUAAGCUAACCUGCCUCUCGUCAACAUGGAGGGGACAUACUUUGCAAGAGCAUGAAGACGACGACUACGACGAACGACGACUAAAGAGGAUUAAAAACAACUCGGUCUUGAUGGGGAAAAGUUGAGCUGAGGAUUAAGAACUUGGGAUAAAUUGAAGAAGGGUUUCACGUCUUACCUAUUGUGCAAGGACAUGCUAAAGCGUCAGUGAUGGAGCCCACGGUUGUGAGUACGUCCACUGUGGCCGCUGAUGAGUUCGAUAGGAAUGUGCCACGAAUCUGUGGUGUUUGUGGCGACAAAGCCACUGGCUUCCACUUCAACGCCAUGACCUGUGAGGGCUGCAAGGGCUUUUUCAGGCGCAGUAUGAAGCGCAAGGCCACCUUCACAUGUCCCUUUAACGGCAGUUGCACCAUCACCAAGGACAACAGGCGCCACUGCCAGGCAUGCCGCCUCAAACGGUGUGUGGACAUUGGCAUGAUGAAAGAGUUCAUUCUGACAGAUGAGGAAGUGCAGAGGAAGAAGGACCUGAUUCAGCGGAGGAAGGAUGAGGAGGCACAGCGCGAAGCGGAGAAAGAGGCACGGCGACCCAGACUCACCGAAGAACAGAGUCAGAUCAUUGCCACGCUGGUGGAGGCUCACCAUAAAACAUAUGACGACUCCUAUUCUGACUUCGGCCGAUUUAGGCCCCCUGUGCGUGAGGGCCCAGUGACACGAAGCGCUAGCAGAGCUGCCUCUCUCCACUCCCUGUCUGAUGCCUCCUCUGAUUCUUUCAGUCACUCUCCAGAGUCAGUUGACACCAAAAUGACUUUCAACAACCUGCUGAUGAUGUACCAGGAUCAGGGCAGCAGUCCUGACUCCAGUGAAGAAGAAGGCUCCAGCUUUUCUAUGCUGCCCCAUCUGGCUGACCUGGUCUCCUAUAGUAUUCAGAAGGUCAUCGGCUUUGCCAAGAUGAUUCCCGGUUUCAGAGAGCUGACUGCAGAGGACCAGAUUGCUCUGCUCAAGUCCAGUGCCAUUGAGGUGAUCAUGCUGCGUUCAAAUCAAAGCUUCAACCUGGAAGACAUGUCCUGGAGCUGUGGUGGACCUGACUUUAAAUAUCAGAUCAGUGACGUCACCAAAGCGGGACACACUCUGGAGCUGUUGGAGCCGCUGGUAAAGUUCCAGGUGGGACUGAAGAAGCUCAACCUGCACGAGGAGGAGCACGUGCUGCUGAUGGCCAUCUGUCUGCUUUCUCCAGACCGCCCAGGUGUGCAGGAUCAUGCACGGAUCGAAGCCCUGCAAGACCGACUGUCGGAGACUCUGCAAGCCUACAUCAGGCUUCACCACCCGGGAGGGAGGCUGCUCUACGCCAAGAUGAUCCAAAAGCUGGCCGACCUGCGAAGUCUUAACGAGGAGCACUCCAAACAGUACCGCUCACUGUCCUUUCAGCCGGAGCACAGCAUGCAGCUCACUCCACUGGUGCUGGAGGUGUUUGGCAGUGAAGUCUCCUAGAAGCAAUCUCCGAACCUCAGUUGGUCGGGGAGGAAGCUGGCGGCAAGACCCCAGUAGGUAGAGAAAAACAGAGAGAGGGGAGCUGAGAAUGUCCUGGUUGGACUAGAUGCAGGUGUGGUGUAUGAAGCAAAUGAAAAAGAGAAAGUAAAUUGUGUGUGUGCGUGUCUGCGCACGUGAGUGCGAGUGCGACUGCAUGUGUGUGUGGAUUCCCAUAUAAAGAAGUCUGUCUUGGUGUAGAGGCCAAGAUUGUGCAGGAGAGCAAGCAGAUAUGAAGAGAUAGAGUAAACAAGGGAAUUUCAGAUAGUACAAAUUAAACUAUACAUAUGACUUCUGGCUAUAUACAGUGUUUUUGUCUGUAUUUAAAUCAACAAACAGCUGCUUCAAAUGCCUGGACAUUACCUGUGUGUACCUGUGGUGCACACACCAACACAACAAGCAUACUCAGUUAUUCAUUUAGCCAUUCAGUUGAGCUACCUCUUGGUUUUACUGGGGUUGUUUUUAUAUUUACAUCACCAAUGUGAAACUUUUACUCAGAACAAUUUAGAUACAGUACGCAUUACAUUUCAGUUUACCAGUGCAAACGCAGUGCCUGCACAUUACUUUGAAUUUUUUGAUGAUUUUCAGAAAUCAUGUAUUUUUAUGUGUUUGUUUGUUUUGGGGUUUUUUGUUUUUUAAUCUGCUUCUCUCCAAGGCAGCAUAUGUAUAUGACUUUGUGUACAAAUCAAAUACAUGCCUUUCACCUUUCACCAAAGGUAUGGUCAACUACUUUCUCAAAAAGCUUCCAGUACCUAAAAAUAACCUUGCUGCUCCUUGGCUCGCUUCACUCAUGCAGCCGCUCGGCAAGUUGUCUGACUAGCCUCACAGCCUAUGAAGGAAAAUGUUAUAUUAUUAUAGGUUUAUACAGCAGAGUACAGAGCUUAGACUGUAAUUUAGUGAGGUUCUGAUAGGACCUUAGGGUGCCUGGUUUUGAGGUGAGAAUUAGCCACUAAAUGUAUUAGCUACUUUUACACUGCUAACUGUCAAUCAAACCAAGCCAACCUUAUGGCUUGUUGCUCUCUUUUGAAAUUGUUUUCAUUAUUCUCCUCUCUUGUUUAAUUGUUGUUAUUUUUUCCCGUGUAAAUAGAGAAUUGCUAUCAAAUGUAUCCUAAGCACUGUUAUACCACCUUUUACUCAAGCCUAUGUAUUGAUAUACAGUAUCUAUGUUAUCACAGAUUUUAAAGGGCUAAAAUGCCAAAUCUAACUGGAAUAGUAAAUUGAUGGCAAAGCAAAGGGCCUGCCUUGUUAAUAUAUAGCUGCAUAGCAUACUCAGAAUUGGCAUAGCUACGGAUAUAAUUGCAAUAGAUAUUUUUGUUGUUGUUUUUUAUAUGUCACUUCACCUUAAAAACAAUUCCAUGAAUUGUUCCUCCUCAGUAUACAGUGAGCUCAGUGGAUGGAGAGCUUGGGAAGCUGUUUCAGACCUCCACAGAUAUCACACCCCUUUCGUUUCUGACUGGGAAGCGGAUUUUCUAGAAUGUCCAGGGGCCUGGUUGUGGUGGUGUUGCUGCGCACGUCCUCCACCCGGGCCCUCCUGUUUGAUGAUGUAUGCUGCGUGGCCCUCUAGUGGCUGCAUUGUGUAAAUACCAGGUAUAUAUAAAUAAUGUCUGCCGCUGUACAUAGGGCUACAUAGAUUCUUUUGUUUUGUUUUGUUUUUCCUCAAAAAUAUAUAUGCAAACACAACUGACUUUUUGUUUCUGACCCAUAAGCACCAUGUUCUCCAACACUAUGCUCUUUGUUUUGUCUUUGAUCUUUGUUUUUCUUGUCUUUGUUCCUUUUUGGGGGGGUAUUUAGGAAUGGCUUAAACAGGGAACUGCUUGUAUAUUUGACACACUCAAACGAUUCUUUGUUUAGUGGUGGACUGAUGUGAAUAUCCAAGGUUCAUUCUCAGAAAAAAAAGGACAACCUAAACAAACCGUGCUGCUCUCAAAUAUAAGCCAUGUAGAUUACUAAGCUAGCUAUACACCUGGUACAUUACAGUACAUCAAAAUGAUGACUCCAGAACCUUGGACAUUCUCAUUGUCCCAUCUGCUGAAUUCAUAUGCUAUUUAUCUGUGGCUUUUGGAACAUGAACUUGUAUAUGAUAAGAACUUGUAUGCCUUCUCUCUGCUGUCAGUCAUCUUUGGCUUAUGCUUCAUCAGACAGCAUUUAAUGGCUUAUAAACCAAACUGCCAAGAGACUUUAAAUGCUUCAGUUUACAGGCCAGUAAUAUAUGGCUUGCUGCAUGUGGGAUUAUGGUAAAAUUAUACAAGACAACAUAUCUUUUACAUCAAGACAAUUCCCUAAAGUAAAGUCGAUUUCCUGCCAAGUGCUCAUGAUUUCACUAGAGGCAGUGUUGCUUAAAGGAAGUCAUUUGAAGAAUUAAACAUAAAAGUUUAUAUUUUCUUUUUCUUUGUCCUGUAUUUGCUGUGUGACAAAAGAAAUCUUUUAAAGAGUUCCUGCGAUUGACCGUCCGGUCCACAUUUGUCACACACAGAUUUUCCUUCAUCUCAGUAGACCAGGGUUACUCUGUGAGGAAGAUGGCGAGUUUUUCUCACAACUGCUUUGUGAGAAGUUGUGACAGGUGUCGCUUUGAUCUGUUUUUAAACAGUUUAAAGUCCAUUCAACAUCACUGUGGCUUUAUUCCAACUCUGCAGUCACUGUGAAACGCCACAAGCUGACAGCUGGGGCUCGACGCUUAGAUAAUCCGCAUAUCACAAACCGUUUGAUCGCUUUUUUCAGUGUUCCUGUAGUCACAUAAUAGGCUUGAUUUAUUUUGUAUUAUCAUUUAAUUUUGCCCUCUUCCUAGAAAUCAUCGAGAUAUAUAUAAUAUAAUAUACUAACAGAAAAAUCCGCACGCCCCACAAAUUACCCUGCUGUGAUUGAUCUUUAAGGAGUUGAAGCUCGAGUGUCGUUAGGCAGUACCAUUUGUAUGUAUAGUAUGUCAGUUUGAUGAGGGGUGUGAUGUGCUUGGUUACUGAAUACUGACUUUUUGACUUCUUUUAUUUUUUGGAAAAGUCUCCAUGUUGAUUUUAUUUCGAAAUACAUACUCCUGUAUGUAGAUAUGGCUUUGAAAUUGUUCUCUUUCCUUUUUUUGAGAUAGAGGUUGCAGUGUUGACUUGUGUAUGUUUAAAUACAGUAGGAGGUUUGAUGAAUAUGUAAGUGCCACAGGGAGAGUUCCCUCCACACACGAACAGGGUAAAAAAAGGAGUUGAGUUUGGGGAUUUGAAAACCGAACAGGAAAACUCUUGUGGAUGUAUAAAACGAGCAGUUAGUAUUUGUGUAGUGACAGAGUUUCUGUCAUAAAAAGAAUAUCCCACCCCCUUUUUUUUUUUUUUUUUUUUUAACGAACCGAAUGUCUUAUUGCUGAUUUUAUUUAUUUUUUAUUUUUUCCUUUCUCUUUCCCAAAACGGUAUACAGCUCAUAAAUAAAGUUAAAUUUGAUUGUGGUUCAUUCCCAGAGAUUCCUGUUUGGUUUCAUCGUGAUAGGCUGCUCAGAAUCUGUUCAGUUUUGGGUUUUUUAACUCUACAUUGUUGUUGUUCUAAUACUGGAACUUGUAAUCUAUACAUCAGUGGAAAUCCGACCUCAAAAUAGAUGGAGCCAUCUUUGUUGAGAUAUCCGUAAGAACUGCGACGUAACACAGUAACAAUGCCUGCAAUAUACAGCUCAUGGUACACUAUCACCAGCAAGCUUUACAGUUUAUCAUAUUCGUAGAUGUUGUAGGAGGUGUUUUGUGUGUGUGUGCGUGCGUGCGUACGUGUGGGCGUGCAUGCGUGUGUAACUGUUGCCAUUACAAAUCCUGUCUGAAAACAUGUAUGAAAGCCUUCACAGAGGACUGUUGGCCAUCUCCCAUGCAAAUGAUUUUAAGUCUUUAUUUUGUAUUCUUUCUGCUCCUCCCUUUAGGACAGGGAUUGUAAUGGAAUCAACAUAAUGUAGUUCUUA